AUAUGAUUAAAAAUCUCAAACCUCCAAACUUACUCUAUCACACACAAAAACAUUUCUUCAUCAUACCAUGAAUGUAAAAAGACAAACCCUAGUAGAUACAUGAAAAUCACAAAGAAAGUACUUUAAAUGAAAUUUCAUCCUCCUCACAUUCCUUCUUUCAUCACCUACAUCCCUCCCUGAAUUGCAUCAACCACCGUCAUAUUAACUUGAAAUGUCUUGGCAAGAACAUCGCCAUAAAUCAUUGGUUUUGAUCGGAAAACAGCGUUGGCCACCAUCAUAACACCAGGAUUCUGGCUGCUUAACCCAUCAAUCGCGAUAGCACUUCCUUUCAUAAUGAAUGAGUCCUAUUGGGAACACAAACACAUCACCUUUCUAAAGAACUUUACUAAUAAAACGGUUUUCAAGGUUGGAAGUAACGAAGCCGACCUCGAGGGUGCCUUCACGGACGGUGAAGAUUUCAGUGGCACGAGGGUGUAUGUGAGGAGGGUUAAGGCCCCACGGAGCAUAGUCGAUGCGGACCAUGGAGAUACCGAGAGUGUUGAGCCAAUAAAUAUUUCAAAUAGACAAACAUCCAAGCCAUAUGGGCAUUGGCAGAGCAAAAGAAGGGUAAAUGCUGAAACAACCCUUGAUGUUUUUGUUGAUUACAAAUGUUUGUUGUUAUUAUUGAACUGCAGGUUCUCUGUGUUUGGGAUGAUGAAUAAGGUAUGCAAAAGCCAUUUGCUUUUCAACUCUGCAGUAUCUUUUGGAUUUGGAAUAAAUUAGUUGUGCUUAUUUCAGUGUGUAACACCAAUGGGUAGACGUCUCUUGAGGUAAAUUCAAAUUGAGAAAUUUAUUGUUCUACUACUUCUAACCAUUUUAACCCAAGACCCCUGGAUGAUGGUUUACUUUGCACUAAGAGCUGGUUCCUGAGGCCUAUACUAGAUCUUGAUGACCUUAAUAGUCGUCUUAAUGUUAUAUCAUUCUUCCUUUGUUCUGAAGAACUGUUGGCUUCUUUACGGGAAACUCUGAAGUCGGUCAAGGAUAUCCUCCACAUACUCAAGAAAUUCAACUCCCCAAGUUCUGCAUGUACAACUGGCGAUUGGACAGCUUUUCUGAAGAGCAUUUGUUCACUCCUACAUGUGAACAAGAUAUUUGAAGUUGGCAUUUCUGGAAGUCUUCGAGAGCAAAUGAAAUAUUUGAAUUUGGACAUUGUUCAAUAGACUGGAUCAUGCAUUUUGACAGACUUGGCUUAUGUAUAUGAAUUGGUGAUUGGUGUUAUUGAUGUGAGCAGAAGUAAAGACAAGGGUUAUGGGACAAUAGUGAAAGAAGGGUUCUGUGAUGAGUUGGAUGAGCUGAGACAAAUAUAUAAGGAAUUGCCAGAAUUUUUGGAAGAGGUAUCAUCAUUGGAACUUGCUAGGCUUCCUAUUAUGUCUGGAGACAAGUUUCUUACAUCAAAUAGGUUACCUGAUGUGUGUUUUCGAAGAAAAACUUGAUGAAACCACACUAGAAAAUCUUCAAGAUUUUGAAUUUGCUUUCUCAGAUGAAGAUGGAGAUGAAAAGUUUUUCUAUUGCACCUUGAAGACACGAGAAUUGGACAACCUUCUUGGGGAUAUAUAUCACAAAAUCCUAGACAUGGAGAGGGCAAUUACUGGGGACUUGGUGUCACAAAUUCUUCUAUUCUCAGCAUAUCUUCUCAAGGCUUUGAAUUUUUCAGCUGAACAUGACUGCUUUUUAUCACUGGCAUUGGUUGCUCGUCAAAAUAAUUAUGUGAGGCCAACUUUGACUGCAGAAGACUUGCUUGAUAUACAGAAUGAAAGACAUGUUUUGCAGGAAAUGACUGUAGAUACUUUCAUUCCCAAUGAUACAAAGAUUCAUGAUGAUGGAAGGAUUAAUAUCAUCACUGGCCCCAAUUAUUCAGGGAAAAGUAUCUACAUAAAGCAGGUAGCUUUAAUUGUUUUCCUUUCCCACAUUGGAAGUUUUGUACCCGCAGAUGCUGCUACUGUGGGUUUGACUGACAAGAUAUUUUGUGCCAUGGGAAGUAAAUUUAUGAAUGCUGAACAGUCAACAUUCAUGAUUGAUCUACAUCAAGUUGGAAUGAUGCUAAGGCAUGCAACUUCACGAUCUUUAUGCUUGUUGGACGAAUUUGGUAAAGGCACUCUAACAGAAGAUGGCACUGGUCUCCUUGGUGGAACUAUAAAUCAUUUUAUCACGUGCUAUGAUCCUCCAAAGGUUUUGGUUUGCAGUCACUUGACCGAGAUGUUUAAUGAUAGUUGCAUACAAGAGUCUGAUAACAUUAAGUAUUACACCAUGAGUGUGCUACAACCUGACGAUGGUACAGAUAUUGAAGAUAUUGUAUUUCUAUAUAGGCUUGUUCCUGGACAUGCACUUCUUAGCUAUGGUGUCCCAGAGGAAGUUAUAAAGAGAGCAGCGUCUUUACUGAAUGCUAUUGGAAAUAAUAAUCAUGUUGACCAACUGUGCAAUGAUAAAAUAUUAGCUCAAGAUUGACAAUACAAGGAUACAAUUGACAAGAUGUUAUCAUUUGAUGCUUGUAAUGGGGAUCUCAACCUCUUCUUCCAAGAUAUCUUUCCUUCUUAGAUUCAUCGAUUAGCUGGUUCACAUUCAUAGGCAUCGCAAACUGUUGUGAACCGUCAAAAACGGCGUUGACAAAGAGGUGAGCUGCUGCUUCAGUGGGAUGGUACAGAUCCCAGAAGACAUGAUCACUUCUGUUGGAGCAGUACUUGGCAACGGGCACGCAUGGAACUUGGGCUCUCAGGUUCCCCAACCCACAACAAGCUGAUUUAACCUCAAUAAAACCUGAAUAUUUGACAAAAUAUUGUGGUUAAUUGCAAUUAUUGGAGAAGAAUUCCAAAAAGAGCAAGUUACCCAUUGGCUUU